GUGAUGUUCAGAGGUGUGGAUUGGAUUCGUACAGAUCAGAACACUGAAGUCAGCAGGUGCACAAAUCUCUUAAUGGAAAGACAAAGUUUAAAGUGAGGUAACUCUGUGAGCAGGGUCACACAGCAGUAAAGAGAGGGUGAGACUGCGUUAUAUGUAGUAAGAGCUGUGACAUUAUUUUGAUAUCCAGAGCAGAAGACAGAAAGAGUGCGUGUGUUAAAAUGACGGCACCGCAGGUGAUCAGCUCACCUUUCCUGAAGCCUUUCUUUCUGAAGACCCCAUUGAACGUUGCCAGCCAUCAGCGUCAGCGACGACACACUUUACCUGCCAGUGAAUUCCGUAACCUCACCCCACAGGACGCCAUCAGUGUGUUUGAGAUCGAGAGAGAAGCUUUUGUCUCAGUAUCUGGAGAAUGUCCACUCACGCUAGAUGAAGUGCUCGGCUUUCUGAGCCAGUGUCCUGAGCUCUCUAUGGGAUGGUUUGAAGAGGGCCAGCUGGUGGCCUUCAUCAUUGGAUCUGGCUGGGACAAAGAGAAACUAGAUCAAGGAGCCUUGACCACGCACGUCCCUAAUGCUCAGACGGUACACAUCCACGUUUUGUCUGUGCAUCGCCACUGUCGGCAGCAGGGCAAGGGCUCCGUCUUACUCUGGCGUUAUCUACAGUACCUGCGCUGUCUCCCGGGUCUGCGCAGGGCCCUGCUGGUCUGCGAGGAGUUCCUGGUGCCCUUCUACCGGAAAGCCGGCUUUAAAGAAAAAGGUCCUUCUGCCAUCACUGUGGGGGCAUUAACCUUUACAGAGAUGGAGUACCAACUUGGAGGUCAAGCCUAUGCACGACGGAACAGCGGAUGUUAAUUUCUUUAGUCGAAGGCACGUCACAACUGAAAAAAGGACACUGCUCUCAGCAACCACAGGCUCAGAGAUUUACACAUAGACGAGGACUCAAAGUUCUGCGAUCACCUGAGCAAAGAACUAGAGACUUACCUAUGCACUUAUUUAAAGAAGCAUUUACUAUCUGGCAACACAAAUGCUGUAAAGCGCACAGAUGUUGGUUUGUUUUUAGCGUGGGCACACAGAUCUGUUGUACAGU